GUUUCUCCAACACCCUACUAGGCUCAUACCCAGGCGAACUUUGUCGCUUCCCUGUUUCAUGUCGGUCGUUUGCGUUGAGUGACCUGAAAUGGCUAUCCGUGUAUUAGAAAUCAUCUUUUUUGUGUAUUUUGCCUCUCAUAUUCCAAUCACAUUAUUUAUUGACUUACAAGCCCUGCUACCUGGACAUGUGUUUCCUCAAGCGCUGAGGGACGUUCUGAAGUGGUAUGCAGAGGACUUCAAAGACCCCAUGGUGAUGGAUCCUCCUGAGUGGUUCAAGUCUUUCAUUUUUUGCGAGGCCUUUCUUCAAAUGCCUUUCUUUCCCAUUGCUGCUUAUGCUUUCUUCAAAGGCAGCUGUAAGUGGAUCAGGACUCCUGCCAUCCUGUAUUCCGUACAUGUGGCAACCACACUGCUCCCGAUCUUGAGUCACAUCCUUUUCUAUCAGUUUCCUCUGGAACCCCAUCCUGGUCCUCAGACUUUGCAGGAGCGCUUGCUGCUUUUCUCCAUAUAUGUCCCCUACCUGCUGGUUCCUUUGCUGCUGCUCUUCACUAUGCUGCUGUCGUCUACAUACAACUCCACCCCCACUUAUGGACACACGUCAACCAGCUCAAAGAAGAAGAAAUGACUCACACCUGGACCACAGCGAUUUAAUUUACUCUGGAAGAUAAUUUUCUACAUUUUUGAACAUGCUUGUACAUGAUACAGACAUUCAUACUGUACAUCUGAGAGGCUGUGAGUGUUAGAAUGCACAACACGGUUAUUUGAAAGAAAUUACCUUUAUAAAAACAGCCAGAAUGAACACUUUCAGUGUUAUACUUUUUUUGUGGAACAGGUUCUGUGUGUGUGUGUUUAUUCCUUUAUUGGGUAGAAUACAGUAAUGACAGGAAAUGAGGAGAUAGAGGGAGGGUGACAUGCAUCCUUAGCUGGACUCAAACUGAAGACAUUCUAAUUACAUGCAGUAAUAAGCAUCUCUAACCCUGAAUUCCAUUUUGGUGGUGCCAGACAGGAGCUUGCCAUACUGCAAGGAGGCUCAAGAACAUGGCUUAUGAGCAUGUGCACUGACUACAGACACAACAUACUUCCAGCCGUGUAUUUUAAAAGCUAGAGAAAGAUGGUAACUCCCUAAUAUUCUAACAUGUGGUUUGACGUUCUGAAUGAAUGUCACCAAAAUAACCGACCAUGCUGUUCAUAUCAGAAGACUGAAAAUGUUUUUUUUUUAACACAUGCCCGAUGAAUAAGCCACAGCACUGUAUACACCUUGGAAGAAGUUUGAUUAAAGUUAUGCUGUCAUUAGGGGUUUUCCCAAGCUUCUACAGAGGUAGUAGGAGGUGCCCACACAGACUACAUAGCAGUGUGGUACAGCAUGUACACUGCAGUACACUGGAAAGUAUGGUGCGUUAUUAAAGAUGCACUCCAGCAAUUUACUGUUGCAAUACCAUAAGAUUGAAAGAAAUGGUCAAAAUCAUAGCAGCACAUACUUAGAUAACCUCUAAUCCCUACAUGGGUCAUACUCCAAGAACACUGGGUCACUGAUGCAACUCUUGUAUUAGACCUUCCCUUCCUGGACAAAUUUUCUAAGUUCAAGCUUAGAUAAUCAGGAUUCAUUCUCAUACCUGAAUUGGUGGACUACCCCUUUAUGUGCACUGGCUCGCCACACUACUUCCAAAAUCUCAGAAUUUCUACAAGAAAAAACAUGCAGUGUGAUAAAAGAAUCGCACACAACUGCAAGGGCCACCGACAGCCUUUGGGAUUAUGAACUGCCUUCACACUCUCAUAAUUUGUCUUUUGGACAUUGUAUUAUUGUAUUUUACAUCGUUGUUUCUCUGUUAGAUACAAUGCAAUACAGGUUUUACACAUGAUUUUACAGGGAUGCUUGCAGGGAUGCUGCAUCUCAACAACAGCCCCAGUUCAUCAGUUCAUCUGCUUUCUCACUCUGUUGACUGAAGUUUUGCUUCCGCAUGCCCUCACAAAAUAAUAAAAGUCCAGUCUGC